AUGGCACCGACAAGAGGCCAGAUUCAGACGCCUGGAGAGGCUGUUGCAAGAAUUGCCUACCUCUCCAGCGACGUCAUCGUCUCCGUCCAGCCGUCAUUGGCUAAGGACUCCGAGUUCUCUUCCCACCUGAAGCGCUACGUCGCUCGCGGCGACAAGAGUCUCGUCGCAAAGGCCGCCGUGCCAGAGGUCCAGCACGUUAGACAUAACGCUGAUCCUCUUCUCUCCGUCUUCGCGCCCACCCGCGCCGGCAAGCUCGUCUCCGUCACGACGUCCUCCUCCGUCCUUCUGCCCGCCAUCUCCCACCUCUACAAGCUGGCAAACUACCCCAUCGUCCUGCACGUCUCUCUCCAGCCCGCUGGCUUCCCCGACUUCUCUGCCAUCACAGCCAUCCGCAACUCAGGAUGGACCUUCUUGCAGUCCGAGUCACUGCAGGAGGCUCAGGACCUGGCCUUGACUGCCCACGCCCUGGCUCUGCGCUCCGGAAAGGGUGUUGUCCACUUCUUCGCUUCUGCCUCGAGCGAGGAUGACGCUGCCAUUGAAGCCGAGGACCUCGACGUCGUGCGACAGAUUCUCGAUGUUGAUGCUGCCAGACGGUUCCAGCAGCCUUCCAACGGCACGGAAUCGGCUGUCGGCAUCUAUGCCGAUGACGGCCGACUGCCGGUCGCCUCAGACCGACCCGACGUGCCGCCGACCGGCUCCACCCUAGGUGGUCUGAGCUCUUCCGAACUCGCUUCGUCCGUGCACUCCAAGCUUGACUCGUCCCGGGCCUCGGUCCAGUCCAGCGAGCACAGCGUCACCGAUAGCCCCCCGUCAGUGGUGUCGUCCAAUGCCACCACUAUCGAGUCGUCGCUGCCCGUCGUCUCGUCCGAGGAUAUCCUCAAGUAUGCCAACGGCAUCUGGGCCCAGAUUAAGCGUGUUACCGGCCGUGAAUACCAGGCCUUUUUCUACGCCGGCCCCUCCAAUGCCGAGAACUGCCUGUUCGUCUUCGGCUCCGGAGCUUACUACUUCGGCGAUGUGAUUGACCAGGCCCGCCGUGGAGGUGACUUCUCCAAGGUCGGCAUCAUCACCCCUAGACUCUACCGCCCUUGGCUUAGCUCCGCUCUCGUUGAGGCCCUGCCCAAGUCCGUGAAGCGCAUUGCUGUUCUUGAGCAGAUCCACCGCAAGACCACCAAAUGGGGACCCACCCUCAUUGACGUUCUCACCAGUGUGAAGAACGGCCCUGGUGGCGUCCAAACUGUUGUCGGCUACCAGCUCGGCUACAUCGACCCCAAGACUGUCGUCCAGGCCUUCCGUGGCGUCCUGCAGAACCUGACUUCCGAGAACCCUGUUCAGAACCUUGAGGUCGGCCGCAAGGAGGUCCCUCGUGAGGUUCUUGAGUAUGGUCUUGAGAAGCCCAAGGUCGAGACCUCUUACACCAAGAUUCUCGACCAGCUCUUUGGUCAGCGUGCCUACGUUGCCAACGCCCUGAAGUCUAGCAAUGCCGGUAUCAACGCUUCCAUCCAGGCCAGCCCUGAGUUCGGUUUCGGUUCCUUGUUGGCUCGUAAGGAGCGCCGCGUGCGCUUCCUUAACGAGGUUAAGGAGGCUGCCAACAGCAACCAGUUCGUUACUGACUCCCCCAAGAGCUGGCUUGCCCGCUGGGUCGCCAACGCUGGUGAUUCCAAGAAGGCGAAUGAAAUCGCCGACGACCUUAUCCCCCGCCUUGAGACUGACGGUUCCUCUCUUGCCCGCAACCUCCUCUCCAGCAAGCGUCUCUUCCGCAAGGAGUCCCUGUGGCUCGUUGGCUCUGACGCCUGGGCUUACGAUCUUGGAAACUCUGGUGUGCACCAUGUCCUUGCUUCCGGCGAGAACGUCAACAUGCUCAUCAUUGACUCCACUCCCUACUCCGAGCGUGCUGCCGCUGAUGCUAACCGCCGCAAGAAGGACAUUGGUCUGUACGCGAUGAACUUUGGCAACGCCUAUGUUGCCUCCACCGCCGUCUACGGCUCUUACACCCAGGUCCUGCAGGCUAUGCUCGAGGCCGACCAGUUCGAUGGUCCCUCCGUCGUCAUGGCCUACCUUCCCUACAACGGAGAAGCCGACUCUCCCCUGACCGUCCUCCAGGAGACCAAGAAGGCCAUCGACGUUGGCUACUGGCCCCUGUACCGCUGGAACCCUAACAACGAGGCCAAGGGCGAGCCCAACUUCGCCCUUGACUCUGAGCGCAUCAAGAGCGAGCUCAAGGCCUUCCUUGACCGUGACAACCAGCUCACUCAGAUCAUGAAGAAGGACCCCAUCUUCGCUGCCAACCUGUCCCAGGACUUCGGUACUGAGGUUAGGGCUCAGCAGAAGCGCAAGGCCAAGGAUGCUUACGACCAGCUCCUUGAGGGUCUCUUCGGCGCCCCUCUUACCGUCCUGUACGCCUCUGACAACGGCAAUGCUACCACUGUCGCCAAGCGUCUCGGCAACCGCGGUAAGGCUCGCGGCCUGAAGACCAAGGUCAUGGUCAUGGAGGACUACCCCAUCGAGGACCUUCCUUCCGAGGAGAACAUCGUCUUCAUCAGCUCCACCGCCGGUCAGGGUGAGUUCCCCCAGAACGGUCGCCCUCUCUGGGAUGCUGUCAAGGACAACACCGAGCUUGACCUGGCCAACGUCAACUACUCCGUUUUCGGUCUCGGUGACCGUCACUACUGGCCCCGCAAGGAGGACAGAAUCUACUACAACAAGCCCGCGAAGGACCUCGACCGUGUCCUCUCCAACCUUGGUGGUAAGAGACUUGCCGACAUCGGUCUCGGUGACGACCAGGACCCCGAUGGAUACCAGACCGGCUACCAGGAGUGGGAGCCCAAGAUCUGGCGUGCUCUCGGCGUCGACAACGUCGAGGGUCUCCCCGAGGAGCCUGCCCCCAUGACCAACGAGGACAUCAAGAUCCAGUCCAACUACCUCCGUGGUACCAUUGCCGAGGGUCUCCUGGACACCAGCACUGGUGCCAUCUCCGCCGCCGACCAGCAGCUCACCAAGUUCCACGGUACCUACAUGCAGGACGACCGUGAUGUUCGUGACGAGCGCAAGGCCAUGGGCUUGGAGCCCGCCUACUCCUUCAUGAUUCGUUGCCGUCUGCCUGGUGGUGUCUCCACGCCCCAGCAGUGGGUGCAGAUGGACGACAUCGCUAACGAGCUCGGCAACGAGACCAUGAAGUUGACCACUCGUCAGACCUUCCAGUUCCACGGUGUCGUCAAGGGCAAGCUCCGUCCGGCCAUGCAAGCCAUCAACAGAUCUCUCAUGACCACCAUCGCCGCCUGCGGUGAUGUCAACCGUAACGUCAUGUGCAGUUCGCUGCCCACGCAGUCCGCCUACCACAAGGAGGUCUGGGCUCACUCCAAGAUUAUCAGCGACCACCUGCUGCCGUCUACUUCUGCCUACCACGAGAUCUGGCUGGCCGAUGAGAACGACAAGAAGACCCAGGUCGCCGGCGACGCCGUCCAGGACUUCGAGCCCCUCUACGGACCUACCUACCUUCCCAGAAAGUUCAAGAUCACCAUCGCCAUUCCUCCUCACAACGACACCGACGUCUACGCCCACGACAUUGGUCUCGUCGCCAUCAAGGGCAAGGACGGCAAGCUGGAGGGUUUCAACCUCAUGGCCGGUGGUGGCAUGGGUGCCACGCACAACAACAAGAAGACCUACCCCCAGAUCGGCCGCAUGUUCGGUUUCGUCAAGAAGGACCAGGUCCACAUUGCUUGCGAGAAGGUUAUGCUCGUCCAGCGCGACCACGGAGACCGCAAGAACCGCAAGCACGCCCGUCUCAAGUACACCAUUGACGACAUGGGCGUCGACGUCUUCCGCAGCAAGGUCGAGGAGCUCUGGGGACAAAAGUUCGAGAAGGAGCGCGCCUUUGAGUUCAAGAGCAACAUCGACACGUUCGGCUGGCAGAAGGAUGAGACGGGUCUCAACCACUUCACCUUCUUCAUCGAGAACGGCCGUAUCGAGGACACCCCCGAGUUCCAGAUGAAGACGGGUCUGCGCGAGAUCGCAAAGGUUCACAAGGGCGAGUUCCGCCUGACGGGUAACCAGCAUCUCAUCCUCAGCAACGUCGCCGACGAGGACGUCGAGCCGCUCACGCAGCUCAUGAAGAAGUACAAGCUCGACAACGUGCACUUCUCGGCCCUCCGCCUCAGCUCCUCCGCCUGUGUCGCCUUCCCGACCUGCGGUCUGGCCAUGGCUGAGUCUGAGCGUUACCUGCCGGUGCUCAUCACCAAGCUUGAGGACUGCCUCGAGGAGAAUGGCCUGCGCCAGGACUCCAUUGUCAUGCGUAUGACGGGUUGCCCUAACGGUUGCGCGCGUCCUUGGCUCGCCGAGGUCGCCUUCGUCGGUAAGGCGUACGGCGCGUACAACAUGUACCUCGGCGGUGGAUACCACGGCCAGCGCCUGAACAAGCUGUACCGCCAGAGCAUCAAGGAGGACGAGAUUCUCUCCAUCAUGAAGCCUCUGCUCAAGAGAUACGCGCUCGAGAGAGAGAAGGGCGAGAGGUUCGGUGACUUCUGCAUUCGUGCCGGUGUCAUCAAGGCCACGAAGGAGGGCAGGGAUUUCCACGAAGGAGUCCCUGAAGAGGAUGAGGAUGAGGAGUAA